AUGGCGUCUAUACCCGUGAUCGUCAAGCACCAGGGCAAACGGCACGAAGUAGAGCUAGACCCCAGCUCAAAUGGCGAAACCUUCAAAUUCCAACUUUACUCGUUAACAGGAGUUGAGCCAGAGCGACAGAAGAUCCUCGUCAAAGGUGGUCAACUCAAGGAUGACACCCUCCUCUCCUCGCUCAAUGCGAAAGCGGGCCAGACGUUCAUGAUGAUGGGCACACCAGCCAACGGAGAGUCUGGUCUGGCAUUGAGGAAACCAAAGGAGGCCACGAAGUUUCUGGAAGAUAUGACCGAGGCUGAGGUUGCGAGGGCGGAUGGUGCCAUACCGGCUGGACUUCAAAAUCUGGGAAACACCUGCUAUCUGAACUCCACUCUCCAGGCCCUACGCCUCAUGCCAGAACUCCAAGAAGAGCUUUUAAAGUACAGACCUACGCCACAGGGUAGCUCCAGCCUCUUUGGCUCCGGCUCACUGGACCUCACUGCUUCUCUGCGGGAUUUGUACAAACAAAUGUCAGAAACUCAGCAUGGAUUCCCACCAAUGAUGUUCUUGAACGCGCUCAGAACUGCCUUUCCACAAUUUGCACAGAAGAGUAGGGACGGUCACGGCUACGCGCAGCAAGAUGCAGAGGAAGCCUGGUCACAGAUUAUCUCGCAGCUUCGACAAAAGCUUACGAUAAAGGACAAGUCCGGCGGCGGUGAAAAGGACGUAUCCUUUAUCGAUAAGUACAUGGCUGGGAAAUUUGACUCGGUCCUGGAGUGUGACGAGCCGGCUGCUAAAGACGGCGGGGAGAUGGCUGUGGAAUCCUCCGACGUGUUUUUCAAGCUCAACUGCCACAUUGAUAAGGAAAUUAACCAUCUUCACGAUGGGAUCAUGGCCAGUUUGCAAGAGAAGAUCGAAAAGCACUCGCCUACCCUCAACCGAGAUGCCGUCUACACCAAGAAAUCCCGGAUCUCACGUCUUCCAAAAUACCUUACCGUUCACUUCGUUCGUUUCUUCUGGAAGCGGGAAACACAGAAAAAGGCCAAGAUUAUGCGAAAGGUUACGUUCCCUCAAGAGAUUGAUGUCGUGGACUUUUGUACGGAUGAAUUGAGGAAGCAGCUUAUCCCAGUUAGGGACAAGGUCCGCGAGAUCCGAAAGGACGAGCAUGACAUGGAGAGAGCCCGGAAACGCCAAAAGAUUGCUCAUAAGCGCGAAAUGGAGGCAAAGAAUGAAGAGCAGAUAUCGGAGCCACUCCAAAAGAAGAAAAUGACUGAAGCUGCUUCCGAGGACAGCAAGGAGAAACCCCAAGACAAAGAUGCUGCCCCUGAAGAAUUUAAAACUGAUGCAGAGUAUGAGGCUGAAAAGGCUGCUGCUCUCCUGGAGGCCAAGAAAGAGCUUUUCUCCCUUAUUAACGAAGAACUUGCAAAGGAUGAUAGCACAAACAAGUGUGGACUCUACGAACUACGUGGUGUUAUCACCCAUCAGGGCGCAAGUGCAGACAGCGGUCACUACACUGCCUACGUAAAGAAGCAGGGAAAACUAGUGGACGGCAAGAGACGGGAGGAGGAUGGAGGCUGGUGGUGGUUCAAUGACGACAAGGUCUCUGAGGUGCCAGCGGAGAAGAUUGACACCCUAUCCGGAGGCGUCAAGAGCUUGACACACCCAGCGAACAUGCUACAAGGAACUAGGGGUGGGAUUCUUUCUCGCCUCUCUUCCACAGUCUACCAUAGGCCCGGCCGCCAUGGAAUCUCAUUCGCAACCGGACUGGCUUCGCUCGGUCGUGCUACCCCUCGACCGUACGGCCCUAUCAGCCAUCUUGAACAGCCGGUCUUCAGAAACCAGACUCGCCCGUUAACAACAAUAGUAACAUAUUAUCCACCCGAUCCAAACAAAUGGCCUCGCAGACUUCGCCUUUUCCUUUACAUUAUUCUAUUCAGCUCCCUGGGUAGCAUGCAAGCGUCGAAGGUGAUGGAUAUGUUUAGGGGACCUACAGCAGAGCCCGACAUCCCAGAGGAUAUGGAACAAAUCAAAGCACUCAAUGCUCAAUUCUCUAGACUGGAGAUUGUCAGGCAGUUGCGCGCAGACCCGGCUUAUUUUGAGGGGGAUCUAUAUGGAGGUCUUACUGAGGAUGAGAAGCGGCGCAUAUUCUACAAUCCAACAGAAAACAUCAUCAAGGCGGUCCUAUACAUUGGUCAUGGUGUUGACGGAUGGCCUACUGUCGUCCACGGCGGUGCCAUUGCUACACUCCUCGAUGAAAGCAUGGGCCGUUUAGCCCUUGAAAAUCUUCCGAGACACACAGGUGUUGCGUCCACUUUUAUGAUAACCUAUAAAGCGCCCCUUUCGCCCGGCCAAUAUAUUUCGGUUGAGGCGAAAUAUAACGAGUAUUUGAGUGAGAACAGCGCUGCAGUCGUCGAUGCGGUUGUCAAGGAUCAGAUGGGCGGAGUCUGCGCUGAGGCCAUAGCCAUGUUUGUGGAUCCUAAGAAACUGAGGUCGACGAUAAUCCUCCCAGUAUUCUAA